AUUGUCAGCGAACUCGGUGGAUAUAUGCAUAAGUAUUUAAAAUCAAUACUACGUCUAUUGUGGGAACUCUAUACUUGAAUGAGAGAUACAAACAGCUGAUUGGUUCAAUUCUGGGUAAAAGGGUACCCUUUCCCUUAUAAGGGAGUUCAUGACCUAAUUUCACUACUAUUAUAAAUGAACGGAUCAGCUGUUUCGCUGAGCUAUCAGACUCUCACGCGAAAGCACCUCUUCUGUAUUAUCAGUUUUGUGUGUACUACUGCACUACAGUACCAAUAUGACAGAAGUAAUGACAAGUGCGGACGCUCACUCCGACCCCUCUGCAGAUCCCAUCAUGGACAUAAUUGCUGGGGCCACUCGAUACAAGAUAAUGAUGCAGUGUAUAGAAAUUGGCCUGUUUGAUGAAAUUGAAUCGCUUGGUGAGACUUGCACAGCAGAAACUAUUGCUAAGAAGUGCGGGUAUGACGUGUCGGUUUUAGAGCGACUACUUAGUACCCUGGCCAGUUACAACCUUUUGCAGAAGGACUGCAAUAGAAAAGGCAUGCCUUCGUACAGGAACUCGUCAGGAACAUCUAAAUAUCUUACUCGAUCACGACGACCCACAAUGAUAGGACUAGCAAUGUCGGUGGAUGCAAUGAUCCAUCCAUUGCUCGAUAAUCUCCCCAUGCUCCUGAAAUCAGGAAAACCAAAACUCGACAUUAAUAAAAACGUGGCCGAUAAUGGCAAUAUACUGAGCUCCUCACCAAACCACCAAAAGACACCAAACAACAUAAUGGACAAAGAAAAUAACAUGGGACCAGGCUCUCCCAUUAAACAGAACAUGUCUAGUAUGCCUCAUAUUCCAAAAAUGCCCUGCAUGCCCAAAAUGCCCCCAAACUCUACCAAAAUGCCCAUGGAGAAAAAUGGCAUUGAUUACCAGGCCAAAUUCCUCAUGGCUAUGGAGGGAUUCUCAGCAUCGUGUGCAUCCUCUAUAGUCAAAGCCUUUGACCUCAGCCAGCACAGAUCUGCAGUAGAUCUUGGGGGUGGACCUGGUAGAAUCUCGUUUGAAAUGGCCAAUACUUAUCCUCACAUGAAGAUCACCGUCUUCGAUCUUCCUCCUGUCAUUCAGGUGGCACAGAAGAUGCAGCAGCCAUGUUCUCAGGGACAAAUCUUCUUCAAGACUGGAAACUUCUUUGAAGAUGAAAUACCAUCUGCGGACCUCUAUCUUUUGGGUCAUGUUAUUCAUGGGUUUGACCUGAAAGGAAUCGACAGACUUCUUCAGAAAGUGUACUCUAAACUUCCACCAGGUGGAUCUGUUCUAGUCAUGGAAAAGAUUCUUGCAGAAAACAGAACAGAACCAGAACUCGCUGUCACCAAUGACUUUGUGAUGACACUUCUCUCACAAGGACAGGAAAGAACCUUUUCCGACUACCAGAAACUCUUUUCUAAGCAUGGUUUCGUCAAUGUGCAGUUCAAACACAUAGAUGGUCUAAAUUAUUAUGACGUCAUGCUCCUGAAGAAGCCAUUUUAGCUUCUUUUUUACUCGGAGACUUGGAAUCCAUACUGCAUUCAGCCAAUUUUUAGCAGAUCUGUUCUUUGUACCCCUUAUUGAUGGAUUGUCCCAAACAAUAUGCAGGCCAGAAAUUUGUACCAAAGAUAUGGGUUUAUGUUGUCUUAUUUCUUUUUUGAUGAAGACAAAUAAACCCUAUCAAUUGUAAUCGCUCCCUUUUAAUCGAUGAGCGCAUAAUUAUGUCACCAAUUAUAAAUUAGGUGUAAAAUUUGACAAUUUUGUUUUCAAGCAAAUUUUUUAUUGUCUGUGAAGUACAGCUGUUAUUUUAAACAGUCAUCUUGCUGACUGUUGAAAAUUGUAAUCUAAUAUACUUUGUUACGCAAACUGAAUAUUUUUGUUACUGAUCUCAUGUCACGGCAAUGUAACUUACAAUGUAAGUAACUCUAUCACUUAAUGUUAAUGGCGACAAAUCACACAGUUAGUUUCCAUUUAUCACGUGCACCAUAAUCAGGUCCAGCCAUGUGUCUUUAGGGGGUGUAUUUUCAAAUCAGGGGAAUAUAUCAUCGAUCUUUUAGCAAAUGUCAUAAGAAGUUUAUGAAAUUGCUGUGUAAAGGUUCGACUUGUUCCAAAAACUGUGCUUUUAUUAGUGGACAUUUUACAACAAUAAUUCAAUUUUAAGUCAAAGAAACAUCAGAUCCCAGUGACUUUGAAUCUCAAAAUUCCGAAUCAGUUUUUUUGGAGGUACAUUGUUAUUCAUUUGACCAUAAGUGCAGUAUUUAUGGACAAUUUUUAUCACCUAUGUGAUAAUAUCUUACUUAAAUUGCAUUUAACGAUGUUGUUUAAUAUUGUGAUAUUGUCUGUUUGAAAUACUUUCAUCACAUAUUGGCAAAUAUUUUGUAAAUACUUAUUGACGCCGAUCGCAAGAGGUGAUUUAAUUAAAGGGAUAUACAAAUUGUAUCUCUGAUUGUUUUUUUCAUACUCAUGUUAAAAUUAAUCUGUUACGUGUUGGACCAAUUGUAAGUGUUUAAUUUUUAAUGUAGAUUACUGUUUUGUUAAUUAUUUAUAUUGAUCUGUUUCAAUUUAUUGUUAUUAUAUAUGACGAUUAACUUACUUAUAUCCAAAUAAAUGAAUAAACCUUG